AUGGCACCGUCGCGCACCUCGCUGAAGCGCACGCUUCUCCUAUCCUCAUUUGCAGCUCUCUCGCUCUUCUCGGUAACCGGUCUCGCUCAGGACAACAACAACAGCAACACGGGAGGAAACGCUGCUACAUCGGCCCAACAGACAUCGCAGGCUGCUGCCACAACGAACCCGCGCACUACCGAAGCCGCUCCGCCCACUCGUACCACCCAGAACCAGGUUUCCAUAACCAACACUGGCAAAGUCGAGACGACGGCCGAGAGUUUUUCUGCCCCAAGAAUCACGGGCGGCUCUCAAGAAACGGAGGGCGACAUUCUCACGGGUUUCCCAUCUCUCACCAACGCACCUCUCGUAACCACCUACCCACCCCCAGCUGUCCCUCCCACCAACAACGCCCCUUUUAUGCACCGAUCGAGUGCUCCUCAGGGAACCGUCUUUAUCGCCGUUGGUGCCAUUCUCGGUGCUUUCGGUCUUGGUAUCCUCAUUUGGCGCGGCAUCGUCGCCUGCCUGCUGCACCGCUCCGUCGCCCGUGCCGCCAACGCCCAGCACGUUGCCAACGACAAGGCCAGCUUUCCCGCUCCUCCCGCCCAAUUUUACAAGUACACCGAUCGCGAAUCUACUCCCUCCUUGGUCCCGAAUGGGCGCGGUGUUCGUAGGACGCAGCGCGGCCCAAUUCCCUCCGCCACACCCAGCCAGUCCAACCUCUUCUUCUCGCCUACUGCUGCUGGCGGUGGCAACAACAACCGUGACAGCGUCCGUGACUCUCGCUUCCUGCCUUCUGGAUUCUACGCUGCCGGCGCAUCUUCUCCCAGUCACGCUCACGGCCACGGCCACUCAAUAAGUUUGACGAACCUGCGUCCUGAUUCUCGCGGCCAGUAUGGCGGCAUGCCUUCUCGCAACACAAUGAGAGAAUCCACACCCCCCGAAUCGCCUUCAUUCGGCGCGAGACGUGACUUCAGCACUAGCUCGGUCAGUCUGUCACAGCCACCGGGCAACGGUCAAAGAGCACCCAGCGCAUACCUCGAGAACCUGCUUGACGAAACUCCCAGCGCCUUCCCGCCUACUCAUAUGAGACCAGGAUCUCGGAACGCCAACAAUUCUCCCGGCGGCCGGAUGUAA